GAGACUUCCUGUAAUUUUAACUGCACCUCUGUAAAAAAAAAAAAAAAAAAAAAAAAAAAAGUUGAGCCACGAUGAUGAGUCACAGAAACAUUUGUAAUACUAAGUCAAGGAGAUCAGUACACAUUUAGAUUAAACCAAAACUGUGAAGAAAAUUAUUUGUGUGUAGGUAUAAAAGAAGAAAAGUGAGGGCCUUUUAUCCUCUUUCAAGUUUAUAACUGGUUUUUCCUGCUGUUUCUUUCAGCAGGUCCAGGUGUUUUCAAAGAGCCAUAUGAAAUAAAUUAACAAAUUCCUUAUACAUUUAAUAAUAGACACACUUUGCACAUGAUAAUCUAUUAUCCCUUAAUUGAUUAGAUAGUGACUGAGCAAGUGGAAACUAGUUCACGCUUCACCUCUCUGACGACAGCCACAUUUCCCAGCCAAAGCCACACAUAUUUGAAUGGUUGGAGUACAUUUUUGCAUACCUGGAUUGUUGUUAUGGUAACACACGGACAACACCGCAUCCCAGGGCUACAUAAUACAUUCAUCAAAACAUUUAACAAAAAAAAAAAAAAAAAACCAAUAUGCGCAUUCAUGCGAAUUAUGCAAAGUAGUGUAAAAUGUGUUUGUUUUCGGAGUGCUGUAACAGGUUUAGUUCUGACAAAGCGUGGACUGAACGAGGACCUUUUGUCACAUCUACGCAGGUGCCUGUCAAGGGAGGGGCAUGAUGACAGACGAUUUGGUCGCCUUUGAACAUCACCGGAGAGUUCGAGAAAUGCCUCUCACUCGGUCUGAGCUACAAUGUUUGUGACGUACAUAAGGAACUACAAGUUAUUUACUAUGGACAUUGUCAUUUUAUAGUUUUGUACUGUUUCGUUUUCUCUGUUCCUCAACUCUUAUGUAAAAAGAUUUAAACACAUCCGAAGCAAAAGCAAAGGUCCACCACAUCUCACAAGAUGGAUAAGUUUCGUAUGAUGUUCCAGUUCCUCCAGUCCAACCAGGAGUCUUUUAUGAAUGGAAUCUGUGGUAUCAUGGCUCUAGCCAGUGCCCAGAUGUACUCAGUGUUUGAGUUCAGCUGCCCCUGUAUGCCAGAAUACAACUACACCUACGGGAUCGGACUGCUCAUUGUUCCUCCUAUAUGGUUCUUUUUGAUAGGCUUUGUACUGAACAAUAACGUGUCAGUGCUGGCCGAGGAGUGGAAACGACCCAUUGGCCAACGGACAAAGGAUCGAACGGUCCUUCGCUACAUGUUUUGUUCAAUCACACAGAGAUCCCUGAUAGCACCUGCAGUGUGGGUGUCGGUCACUCUCAUGGACGGGAAGAGCUUCCUCUGUGCGUUCAGCGUCAACUUGGACCUUGACAGAUUUGGGAAUACGAGUUUUCUUAAAGGGAUGAGCGAGACAGAGAAGAUAAAAAUGCUUGCCAAGAUUCCCUGCAAAGAACUGUUUGAUAAUCAGGAAAUAAGAAUGGCGGCAACAAGAUACAUCAAGUGCAUAUCACAGGCAUGUGGAUGGAUGUUUCUGCUCAUGAUGACCUUCACUGCCUUCCUGAUCCGGGCCAUUCGACCAUGCUUCACGCAGGCCGCCUUCCUCAAAACCAAGUACUGGUCUCAUUACAUCGACAUCGAGCGCAAGAUGUUCGACGAGACCUGCAAGGAGCACGCCAAGAGUUUCGCCAAGGUUUGCAUCCAGCAGUACUUUCAGAACGUCAGCGGAGAGAUGCAGACCUUCCACCACCGACGCUCCCACAGGGACGACAGCGACGACGACGACGACAACAGGAUGAGCGACGAGGACAAGCUCUUGGGUAUCAGGGCACAGGAUGACAUGAACAAGGUUUUGUGGAACUGGCACGCCUGUAAGCCAGCCCUGGCUCUGAGAAAAGACCAAAUAGACGGGGAAAACAAUGCCAAAAUGAAUGGGACCGCCAAUGGAGCAGCAAAUGGGUUUGUCAAAGGACACACCCAUGACGUGGAGAAAAAGGAAUGGGCUGUGUAUUACAGCAAGGUCUGAAGAGUUCAAAGGGAAAAGAAAAGCUCCCAUCAGACUGUGUUUCAGAGCUGCAGUUAAUUAUUGUGUUUACUUAGACUUUGUGAAAGUUAGUUACCAAUAUAUUGCAUUCUGAUACAUUUCAAUGCACAUUAUUUUGUGAAUAAAUAUGAUAUGCAGAGAGCAAGAGGCAGUUUGACUGAAGGCUCCAUAAUACUUGAAAAUCCCCCCAAAAAACAGAGGCUGUCAACAUAUAUCUGGUUAUAUAUCUGCCACUGUUUCAGUUCAUUUAAAAAAUGAAAACUUUGUCGCUGCUCCCUAGGGGACUGAGCUUGCUGCUAAUAUAGGCUGCUGUAUCGGGCUGAUAAUAGAGUUUUAUUACAGCACACUGGAGUGUUCUCAUUGAUAGCAACGCUAAUAAAUGUUUGUGUUGAUCUCAAGUGCGGGCCCAUUGUAAAUAUUCCCAAAGCAUAAGACAAAUACAUGGGUCAUGAGAGUAAAGGAUCAGCUACACACACUAAUUGCUCCUUGCUUUAAUGCAGGACUGACAUAACACAACCUUCC